AUGUUGAGCCCAGGCAACGAAGCGCAGCGCCGCUUCCUAUCUGCCUCGGAUCAGCCCAACAGACAUGACGACCCACACAAUGCAUCACUCAGCACCACUCCCACCCAGAGUCACAUGCAGCCACCCAAAUCCAACCCUUCGUCUGCUUCAAAACCAGCAGGUUCCACUCUUCGACCCAACACCAGCCUUCGCCCUCCGUCCGCAAAUGAUACCCCAGCGAACAGCUCGCAGCGACAGAGACAGGCAUCCUCAUCCUCCUUCACUACGGGCAACGACAGGCAGGGCAGCUCGUACGACGAUUCAAAUGCUUCUAUCGCUGGCCGUGGUCAAGCAAAUUCGCAGUCCCUGCUACGAACGCCGCAGACACGCCCCGCACUAGGACACCAAAGCUCUCAGAAUCAGCGCUCCGUCUCUUACGCCGCCUCGGACAUUGAAACCAUCUCGGCAUUGUCGGCUUCCGAAUACAGCUCUGGCGGUGAGGAUGACCCAGAUCAGUGGCGCAGAUCCCAGCACCGCGGCCGCCCCAUCGAGACCGCCAUCCGUCAAGGCAUCUCUGUCGGGCGCCCUGGUCUGCUUGUGGAACCGUCUCGUUCAGCCAGCAACCUCACAGCAUCCGGCGCAAGCAAGCAGCGACGUGCCUCAGCCAACACCCGAGACUCGAGUAAAGUUCGCAGACAGAGCAAAGCGUACCGCGGCGGCGACGACUACCUCGAUGCAGCAGACGACGAUCGCUACGGUCCUUUCGACGACGAAGACGACGAGGUGGAACCUCACGAUAGGGGAGAGGAGCUCGUUCGUCGCCGAAUGAAGGCUCGUCAGCGAGAGAAAGCCGCGAAAAAGAAGGCAGAGAAGGAGCGCUCCCGCCAAUCAGUCGCCAUGCCUUCCCAGUCCAGUGGCACAGCCAACACCAACAAUGCAGCACUCUUGUCGCCCAGCCUCAAGUCCGCCAACUCUGCCAUCAUUGGCCAGCGAGCUAGUUCCCCUUCUCCUCGACCCGGGCGUCCCACCACGAUCAUGCUUCCUCCUCCCGCCGUCGGCGGCAACCUUCAGCAGGGUGCUCUCUCUCCGACCUCGGCGGCCUUCCCAAGUCCAAGCGUACCAGGCAGCAGGCUGUCUUCUGCUACGGGCUACCCUUCGCCUCACGGUCACAUUCGGCGACCCAGCGCCAUGCAGAACAGCUCUCAGAACCGUUUCAGUGGCGUCAGUCACGGCCAGCAGAGUACGGUCGGCCCCAGAAGCGGUGUCAACGCUCCCUCCACCGCUCUUGCUGCCAGUCAGGACUUCUUCACCGGCCUUGGCGCUCCCUCUGCUAGCGGUCGCGCUGCCACAGAUGCGAGUUCCAGCAUGGCAGGCAGUGUUAGGGCCGAUGACGAGGAGGAGUACGACCAGGAAGAGGAUCGCGACACUGUCGCCAGUCUCGCGGAUCGACGUCGUCGUGACGAUGCCGAAGCUCAAGCUGAAGACACCAUCCAGAUGAACGAGGAAGUCGAGAUCGAGCCAGAUUACGACGAGAAUGAGGAAGUCGUGGACGACGAAGACGACGAAGACAUCACCGAUGAUCAGGACGUCGAGUACACGCUCAAAGAUCGACAAGACGCCAUCAACAUCGAACAUCCCUUCGGUCUCCCUAUUUGGAAGCCGGCUCUGUACAAAAAGUCGCGCUCCGUCACGCGCAACGCCGAAAUCGCUCUCCACUCGAUCCCGAGUGCAGCUGCAGAGCGCCACCUUCUGCCCGGCAACAUCCUCUGGACCAUCCUGUUUGGAUCCUGGCUGUCGCUCAUCUGCUACACUUCUUCGAUCUUGAUCAACUUUGUACCGCUGGGCGGCUCAAGAUACGCUCGAGUCGCAUGGGAGCUCGGUGGAUAUCUCUUCUGGCCGUUCGGAAAGUACGUCGAGGUUGAAGUCGGUCCCGACAGCGCUGAUCGUGUCGCUGGUGCCAACAACAACGUCGACCCUGCUGCCGACGCGCAGUGGGUCGAGAACUCAUUCACACCCGUGGCAGCUCGCUUUCCUCACGACCACGCUCAUGUUGUCCCAUUCAAUUCGCGCCCCGAGUCCAUGCUUUCCACCCCACGCGACAAGCUGGCCAGCAGUCAAAACGACACGAUCCGUGCCAAUGACGUUGCAGGCCAAUCUGCCGAUGCUGGUUCUUCCAGCGGCUCGGAGGCACGCAGAUCGACCCCUCGUCCCUCGGAGCACGGCGAGUCGAGCCACACCUCGCACGAGGAGCAGGACGAGAACAGCUCGCUCAAGAACAAGGGCAAGGCCAACGACUACGGUGCCAUGUACGACGAGCAGAGCGGCCGGCAGCUUACUGAUCUCGAACGCAUCGAGGCCGAGCAGCGCGUCUACGGUUACGUCAGCGAUGAGGAUGGAUACGACGUUGGCACUGGGCAGCGAUUCGGUGGCCGAGUCGCAUUCGGUCUCUUCUAUGCCGUGGUUCUGUUCCCGCUCAUGGGUCUCGUCUGUCUCGCGUGCUGGGGGAUGGUCUUCCCCAUUCCUAUGGCUAAGCUCACAUGGGUCUUGCUCAAGAAUCUGGCAACUCGCCCGCUUGCGCUGCACUUCCGUUCGGCUCCAGGCAUGGACAAGCAGCAGCAUCUCGGCGAGAUCGACGAGAUCGCUGGUGCCGCCAAGAAGUUCUUCCUCCCGCUCAAGCCCGGCGAGCCUGCACCUCGUCCCAAAUCGAUCAACGCCGGCAAGUUGACCCUCGAGCGCCGCAGCAAGAUCCUGCUCUGCACCUAUAGAGCCGUGGGCGGUCAGUACUACAAGUACACCGUCGGCGGUGUCAACAUCCUGUUCGUCAACACGCUGCCUCUCGUCUUCUUUACCAUCUUCGACUUCUUCGUCAUCGAGCGCUACGUCCACCAUUACGGCAUCGAGCACGGCUUCCUGGCCUUCAUCUCGGGCCAAGGCAUCAUCUUCAUGCUCUCGCUUGCCAGUGUCAUCCCGCUGUCGUACUUCAUCGGCAUGGCUGUGGCGAGCAUCAGCGCUCAGAGUAGUAUCGGUAUGGGUGCGGUGAUCAACGCCACUUUUGGUUCGAUCAUCGAGAUUAUCCUGUACGCAAUCGCUCUGACGCAGGAGAAGGCGAGGCUGGUCGAGGGUUCGCUGAUUGGGUCGAUCCUGGCCGGUGUGCUGCUGAUGCCCGGCCUGUCCAUGUGCUCCGGUGCCACUCGUCGUAAAGAACAGCGCUUCAACGCCAGAUCCGCCGGUGUCACGAGCACCAUGUUAAUCAUGGCCAUCAUCGGUAUUUUGACCCCGACGCUAUUCUACCAGAUCUACGGCACCUUCCAGCUCACGUGCGAGGGUUGUCCCACCGGCAACGUGCCCGGUGACAGCUGGAGCUGCCGCCGAUGCUUCUACGAGCACGUGCCCCCGGCGACGGACCCCUUCUUCCAGCAGAACGUCCGCGGGCUCAUGUACACGUGUACGGUCAUCCUGGUGCUCUCGUACGGUGUCGGGUUGUGGUUCUCGUUGCGUACGCACGCCUCGCAGAUCUGGCAGAACCCUCUGCCGGCGCAGCCGGGCGUCGCUACGAACCAGGCGACGCUGGCGCACUUGCCCUCGGCGCAACGCGCGUCAAUGUACAAGCGAUUGGUGCCAGCGGCGGUGAUGCAGCAGUUGCUGCCGACGGCGCACCCGACUGGUGGGGAGCGUGGGGCUCAGGGCCAGUCGUCCGCAGUCAGCGGUUCGGGUUCCGCUCCAGGCACAAUCAAAGGUCCUUCCACCCACGCACGCCAGGGCACCGACGCGACUUCGAACGAACCUCGACCCUUGCAGCUGCCUGGCCACUUUAGCCAGGAAGAGUACGACCGCGCGGUCGCCCUCACCGCCUCUGCGUUCCACAACGUGCUCCAGCAGCAUCACGACGAUGCUGGUAAUGCCGCCGGUGAGCGCAAUCACCUUCGACACCCUGCACCACCGCAGUCCCACCCCCACGGGCAGCACGGAAAACACGUCUCGAUGCACGAAGACCCCUCCGCCGGUGACGAAUCCGAAGGCUCCGGCGGGCACGACGCACCCUCCUGGUCGCGCGGUACCUCGCUCACCGUCCUCCUCUCCUGCACAGUGCUGUACGCCAUCAUCGCCGAAAUCCUAGUCGACGUCGUCGACGUCGUCCUUGACGGCUCUGGUAUCGACGAAAAGUUUUUGGGAAUCACACUGUUCGCGCUCGUCCCCAACACGACCGAGUUCAUGAACGCCAUGUCGUUCGCCAUCAACGGCAACAUUGCGCUCUCCAUGGAGAUUGGGUCUGCGUACGCGCUGCAGGUGUGUCUCAUCCAGAUCCCCGCCAUGGUCGUCUUUUCCGCCUAUUACAAUGCGGGUGUGGGCGACGUCGAUUUGAUUCGGAGGAGUUUCACCCUCAUCUUCCCGCGUUGGGAUGUGAUCGCGAUCAUCUUUGCGGUGUUCCUCUUGACGUACACGUACAUCGAGAGUCGGUCCAACUAUUAUCGCGGCACGAUCUGUAUUUUGAGCUACAUGGUGUUGGUAGCCGGGUUUUACUUUGCUCCGGGGACGGGGGAUACGCAGGAUCCGGGGGAUGAUAACCGGCCCGGUGGGGGCGAGGGUGUUCAAGGGAUGGUGGCGGGUUUGGUGGGCGUCGGAAUGGAGCGCGCGCUCAGCUUCAGCGUGAAAGGGGGUAGGUUUGGCGCUGGGCCUGAGGGCUGGACGAGAGCUAGCAGGGUUGCGGCGGCCAAGGCGAUGGGAGGGCUAGGUCACGCUGUGAAGGCCAACGAGAGCGCAAUGUUGCUCCCGGAUGGCGUGGCUGGUUGGGGCCACUGGCUGCCCGAUUUGGGUCUGACAGAGUGGAUGUAUGCCUGCUGGGCCAGCUUGUGGGCUCGCUAG